AUGUCUAGAUUUCAACAGAAGCGGUGGGGUAGCGACACCAUAAGCCCCUGGAAUAUAAGUGCUAGCCGCAAGGGGUCGGGUACCACUCAGCGUAUAUGCAACAGCAUCGAGUGUACAGGUGUAUCUCGAGUGUCACUAAUGGAAACCAGUUCGGUCGCCCCUGGAUCAGCUUUUCAGGGGCGCUCAACUAGGGUACUGAGCUGCGAUUAUAGGAGCAGUGAUGCGACUGGCAAGCGGAGGAUAUACGAGAGCCGCAGGGGCAGCGAUGGCCGCUCAUGA